AGAGCCUUGUUCUUGAGUGUCUUAGUGUUGUAUACACGUUAAGGGAAGCUUGUUUCCCUUGGUUGUACGAAGGAAAGGUAUUUUCCUUCGGGUUGAAGUCUUGGAGUGCGGUAUCUCCGAGCAAGUGUUGUUGAGGCUCGUGGGACUNUCAUAUUAUCAUUGCAUUCAAACAACAUCAUUUUUCAUAGCUUUCUAGAGCCAAUUUGUGAAGUUUGAGUUGUUCUUGAGCGUAUAUAGUUUACUCAACAUCUACUCUAAAAGAGAGCCUUGUUCUUGAGUGUCUUAGUGUUGUAUACACGUUAAGGGAAGCUUGUUUCCCUUGGUUGUACGAAGGAAAGGAGUCUGGGGUAUGGGGCUAUGGGCAAUAUGGCAACUCGUUGAGUUUUCCUCCUCCCACCUGAGUGAGUUCUGAAUUCUCGUAAACCCCCAUCAUGGCUGCAAAUUUCUGGACCUCAUCUCACUACAAGAAUCUUCUGGAUCCUGAAGAGGUGGAUGUUGCUCAUCAGAUUGAGAAGGAAAGAGGCAUCACCCUUGAGGAUCGCAAGCUCAUCAAGCUCCAUAUGUCUAAUUACAUGACAAGACUAGCUCAAAAUGUAAAAGUAAGACAAAGGGUCGUAGCUACUGCCAUUUCGUAUAUGAGACGUGUUUACGUCAGAAAGAGUAUGAUCGAGUAUGAUCCUCGCCUGGUUGCUCCGGCUUGCUUAUACCUGGCAUCAAAAGCUGAAGAGAGCACAAUGCAGGCUAGGCAUCUUGUGUUUUACAUCAAGAAAUUAUACUCCGAUGAGAAGUAUAGAUAUGAAGUAAAGGACAUCCUUGAAAUGGAAAUGAAGCUUUUGGAAGCUCUCAACUAUUACCUUGUUGUAUUCCAUCCAUACCGGUCUCUAACACCGUUGCUUCAAGAUGCUGGCAUGAGCGACUCAACUCAACUGAUAUGGGGAAUUGUGAACGAUACAUAUAAGAUGGAUCUGAUUCUUAUACACCCACCACACUUGAUUGCACUAGCAUGCAUUUACAUAGGGAGUGCAUUGAAGGACAAGGAGAACACUCCCUGGUUUGAAGAGCUUCAAGCUGACAUGAACAUGGUGAAAAACAUUGCAAUGGAAAUAUUAGAUUUUUAUGAUUUCCACAAGAUGAUCACAGAUGAAAGGGUGAAUGCGGCAAUGAGCAAGCUUAUUGGCAGAUGACAUGCGCGGCGACACCUGCAAAUCACUGCUGGUAUUGCGCAUAGCAUGACUUUGAAUAACAUUCCGUACUUGAAGAUUAAUGAGAGAUAAUUGCUUACAAAUAUCUACGAACGUACACGCCACAAAUGCAGUUCUGUAUGAGAAUCUUGGAAAACUUAUUAUUAAGGAAAGAAUAACAAUUACUGUGGUGUGGUGUGGCAACCACACCAAACCGAGCCUAACAUGAGGAUGUUGGAUAUAUUGUAUAAUGAUUGAAAGUUCAAAACACUAAAGGAUGAAUAACAAACACUAAAGGAUGAAUAACAAUUACUGUGGUGUGGUUUACCCCUUUGGUUCUCAGAUGCCUUCUUCUAGAGCGAGAACAUGAAUCAUCAACCAUGGAAUCCCUUCCCCUUUAGAUGGAUAUGAUCUGGAAUUAUGGAAGUUGGGUAGUAGUUUGGGUCUUAGCUCAUAGUUUU